AUGGCAACUUUUUCAAAUAGAUCUACUUUCUUUCAACCUAAUUGUGUUGCCACAUUUGAGCAAGUUCACUUUGAUGAAGGACGUUUCCGAAGAGCUUACAGAGGUCAAUGGACUACUCCUGAGAAGUAUGGACAGAAAUGUGUCAUAAAAAGAAUGAAAUCAGGCUAUGUUUGGGCUGCCAAUGGUUGGGACAGCACAAUAAAAAUUUAUGACAGAGCUGGAGCAAUAGCACAGCAGUUUAACCAAAGUGUUAGACCCAACUAUCCCAUUUGUUUCACAAGCAUUGGUACAUAUGUGGUAAUCAACUCUAAUCCAAAAGAAUAUGUUGUGGCUGAAGAUUAUUUGGAAGGAGUCUUUAUGAAAUGGUGCAAUAACUAUGGCUAUAUAUCUCCCAAAGCUAUGUCUGAGCACAUCAUGAUGCCAGCAUUUGUUCACUGGAGUUGGCUGUAUACAAGUGGGCAAGAAAUGGUGUGUGAUUUACAGGGAACUCGUGAUGAAAAUGGCUAUCACUUGACUGAUCCUGUAAUCCUCUCACUUAACAAUACAUAUGGUGAGACAGACAUGGGAAUAGAGGGUAUGGCCAUGUUUUUCAUGAACCAUCAAUGCAAUAGUAUCUGUAGAGGAUGGAGGAGACCUCAUUGGGAGUCCUUUAUAGGAAAGAUUCCAAGAGAAACAUUAGCAGCGUGUCAACUUAUGCAGAGUCAAGUCAAUAAUGCCACUUCCUACAGGUUCGAGAUGAAAUUCCCUCCAUCAACUAAAGAUAUCGUUAAAAGAGUGUUCCUUCAAAUUGCUCAAGCUCAAUAA